UGCAGUGCUCUGCACACACGUGUGGAAGAUGCAUGGAAGAUACACUUUUGACAUCCCCCCUUUGGCUCCACUACCUGCAGUCAAGCUGCUCCACUGCACACUGUUCUUGAGACCUUCAGUUCAGUCACUGUUGCCUGGAGGCGGUGCACAGGACAAAUGGAUCCCCAGAGAAACCCACCCCUCUUACCCCACCCUGGAGAAUGCCUCUCUCCAAGCCUGCAGCCUCUCGGAGCAGGAAGAGGAAGAAGAUGCCCUCUGGGAGAAGAUAGAGAGCGCACGGCACCAGCUGACCCGCUCCCUGAACCCUGCAAAACUCACCCCGUACCUGCGCCAAUGCCGUGUGAUAGAUGAGCAGGAUGAAGAGGAGGUGCUCAAUUCAUGCCGAUUCCCUUGCAAAAGCAACCAGACAGGCUACCUGAUGGACAUCCUUCGGCGCCGGGGGAAGCGAGGCUACGAAGCCUUCCUGGAGUCUUUGGAGUUUUACUACCCAGAGCACUACACACGACUAACAGGGAGGGAACCGGCCCAGCGCUGCUCCAUGAUCCUGGAUGAAGAAGGCCCCGAGGGGCUAAUGCAGUUCUUGCUGGUGGAGGUGAAGAAGAUGAGGGCUCAGAGGAAAGAGCACCUGCUGAAGGAACAUCAGCUCCAGGCAAAGAACCAGACCCUGGAGCAAGAGCAAGCCCGGCUGGAGCAGCGACUGCAGGAGCUCCUGAAGGUGCAAGAACGUUGCCAGCGACUGCGGGAGGAGUGGGACUCCAACAGUGUGGAGCUGCUGAGGCUGAAGGAUGAGAAUUACAUGAUGGCCAUGCGCUAUGCACAGCUCUGUGAGGAAAAGAACAUGGCUGUGCUGCGGAGCCGUGACCUGCAACUGCUGGUGGAUCAGCUGAAGUGCAAAGUCACCAGCCUGGAGGAGGAGUGCAGACUGCUGAGGAAGCAAGCGACUACCAUGCCCCAACGGGAUGCAGAGGAGCGAAGCCACCCUGACGCUAUGUCUGAACUGUGGGCUGAGAAUCAGCGGCUGACGGCAUCACUGCAGGAGCUGCAGGGCAUGCUGCAGACUCCAGGCGAGGUCCCAGUGCCGGGCUCUGAGCAGAUCUUGCUGGACAUCCUGGAGCACGACUGGAAGGAAGCCCAAGAUGACCGACAGGACCUCUGCCAGAAACUCAACUCCCUGCAGAGUGAGCUGCAGUGGGCUGAGGAGCUGAGGGAUAAGUACCUACAGGAGGUGGAAGACCUGCAGCUGAAAUAUCGAACGCUGCAAAAGGACUGCGAUCUCUACAAGCACCGCAUGAACACAGUACUGCUGCAGCUGGAGGAGAUUGAGAAGGAGCGGGACCAGGCUAUCCAGAGCCGAGAUGGGGUGCAGCUGCAAUACUCACAGAGCCUGAUUGAAAAGGAUCAGUACCGCAAACGUGUGCGGGCCCUGGAGGAGGAGAGGGACGAGCUCCUGAGCAAGCUGAGCCAGGUGGAAGGGCUAAACAGCACGCUGGAAGCACAGCUGCAGCGGUGCCGGGGGAACCGCAGCCUGGGCAAGAUGUGCAGCUCUUCCUACUCCCUCUGCUCCAACCUCAGCAGCACAUGGAGCCUUGUGGACAAGCCUUCUGACCUAACAAGUGGACUCACAGACCCGCUGGAUGUUUCUGCCAUCACCUUCCCGGGGGACUCCGCCAUUCAGAGCAUGGAGGGGACUCCUGACAGCGAGAAGGACAUCAACCGCCUCUCUACCUUCCCCUUCCCUCCUUGCAUUGGCUCCAUCCUUCGGCGGCAGCGCGAAGAUAGGUGCAUGCCCUACAAAAGCUUGUCCUGUGGCUCCUUUAGCAACAUGGAAGAUACAACAGGCAGUGGUUUUGUUAGCAUCCCACCUGGGGCCUUCUCCUCCUCUUCCAGCAGUACCUACACCAGAGUGAAGUCAGAGACCUGCUUGUCUAUGCUUACCAGCCACCAAGAGAUCUCCAGGAGGUCACUGGUGGUGCAGCUCACGAGCAUGGGUCACCCCAGCAGCCUGUCGCCCCAUGAGAAGAGGCUGGGAGCAGACAUCUCCAUCCUUGGAGGGAACAAGACGGGGAUUUAUGUCCAGUGGGUCAAGCCAGGCUCAGAAGUUGAGAGCACAGGACUCAGGGAAGGGUGCCGGCUCAUUGAGCUGAGGGUCCCAUCACUGAAGGAAGAAGUGCUUUCCCUGGAGAACUGUACACGUGAGGUUGCUUACCUGAGCCUGCUGCAUUGGGAUGACCCCUCCAGCCUUGUCUUCCAGCUAGACCUGCAAGGGUACCAGCCUCUGCAGGAAGCCCUGGAAGAAGGGAAGAAGUUUUCUGGAGACUCCUUCUACAUCCGUACCAACCUGUCCCUCCUGGAGCCAUCAGACCCUUAUGCACUAUGUGUCAAAUGUCGGGAGAUCCUCCACGUCACAGACACCAUGUACAAGGGGCGGCUGGAGUGGUACUGUUCCCGUGUUGAUCCCUUGACCAUGCGGGACUUGGACAAGGGGACGGUGCCCAACUACAGCAGGGCGCACCAGCUUUUGAAGAUCCAGGAGAAGGUCCAUAUACCUGGGCAGCAGAAGGGCCACAGAAGUAACCUAAAGAAACGGGCCUUGGACCAACUGCGCUUGGUGAAAUCCAAACAGCAGAAGAACUCAGAACAGCCCUGUCAGCAGCUGUGGCUGGACCCCUGCUCAGACCCCGACAGGAGACUGAAGCCUUACAGCCUGGUGCACCCUGUGGUGGUCAAGACACCCCGUCCCGUGGUGCUGUCACCCAGCUGCAUCGCAUCACGGCUCAUCAGGAACCUGCUGGACUUGCCCACCUCUCGCCUGAACUUCCAUGUGUGCCCAGCAGAGAAGCUGACAGAAGGGAACCCCAGUGCUGCCCAUGUGCAGGAGCCCCCUGUGUCUAGAAAUGCCCCCCAGGAGCGAAGGGAGAGCAGUCAAGUCUGCAUGAUCCAGGAAGCAAUGGAGAAGAAUAAACACUGCCUGCUGGAGCUGGGAGUUCAGAGUGUGAGGGAUCUAAUUAAACGUGAGAUAUACCCCAUUGUUAUCCAUGUUGAGGUCACUGAGAAGAACAUCAGGGGGCUCAGGCGCUUGCUGGGGCAGCCAGGCCAACGAGACGCGGAGGUGCUGAAGGCAUGCCGUGGUGCUGAGCGGGCUCUCCAUGCCCUGCCCUGCUCCUGGGCCCGUGUGGAACCCCAUGCCUGGAGCCACGCAGAAGAACUGCCCAAGGUGGUACGGGGCUGCAUCUUCCAGGAGCAAAACCGCCCGCUGUGGGUUGAGGAUGGUGAUGACUGAAUCAGGAGGUACAGAGCCUUCCCCAGGAGUUGUCCUUUACGUAGCAUGUCCUCUCUCUCCAAGGGGAAGCCAGCAGUAAUGGGACCAAUUAGCAUUUAAGGUCCACUUGAAGCUAUGAAGAGUUGGGGACGUAACGAAUGCUGACCCACCCGCCUGAGCUUUCCAUAUUUGAUUGGAAAGAAGUCUUCCACCUUCUUGCUGGACAUCUCAUGGACUGUUCCCCAUCACCUUGAGCCUUUGGCUCUGGUACAUGGUGAGACCGGGAACAUGAGGAAAACAUGUGAGAUGAGGUUGAUGAGGAGCAUAUCUCAUGCGUGCACAGUUUAGUGCACUAAAAUCCUUCUCUCAUCACCUCUAUUUUCCCUUCUCUACCUCAUCUCCUGCCCCACGGAGCAGGAAACACAGUUUGUCUGCAGAAACCCUGCUGCAGCCAUGACUGACACUAAGUUUGCAACCAACCCUCGUUUUAUGGGAGCUGUACUCUUUAUUGCUUGUAAAUUAUUAAUGGGCCCUUUUAUCGGCAACCCGUGUGCAAAGGAGAAUUAAAUACCAUUCAUAAUGGGAAUGGGAGGCUGGCUGCAGACUUGUGUGUUAAUGGGAAGGCUUGGAUGAUAUGUGGGCAUGUUUUUCUCCUGAGACUACCCCUGUAGGGGUAGAAGACAGCAUUGCUGUUGUAGGGAAGCAAGAGGGACAGGGAGAUGAUAGGUUGAGCGUGCCACAGGCUGGGCUUCCUCACGUUUCUUCUAAUCCCCCAUUUUUCAGCUGCUUCCCUCUCCCCAGUGCUGAAGGUGCUCUAGUUCAGCCAAGGAGAAGCAUAGAGGACUUUUCCAACCUUGGUGAUUCUAAGAUAAUGUAGUCCAGCUG